ACUAAUCAAUUUCAUGCCAUACAGCAGGUCGAACUUGCUGCUAAGAAAUUCGCUUAAAGUUAAUAUUUAAACUAAAAAUAGUUUUUGUUCAAUAAGCAGUCAUAGAAGCAAUAUCCAAAAAACUUUUAGGAAAAAAUGGAUGUGAAGGACAAAUGUGUACUUGUGACUGGAGGGGCCAGUGGAAUAGGUUUUUCCAUUGUUCAAGAGUUAUUGCGUCAAGGAGCAAAGCUCGUAAUCAUUCUGGAUUUGGACAAAUCAAAGGGAGAAGUAGCUGUGGAAAGUUUAACCAAAGAUUUUGGUGAAAACAGAAGUACAUUUUUUGUUUGUGAUGUAUCAAAUACAGACGAAUUCACAGAAAUCUUCAAAAAAAUUAUGAGCCAGUAUGAACGUGUGGACAUUCUGAUUAAUAAUGCUGGAAUUGCAGAUGAGGCUAAUUGGAAGCUUAUGAUUGACAUAAAUUACACAGCAACUGUGUGCGGAACUUUUUUAUUUAUGGAACAUAUGGGAAAACAUAAAGGUGGUCAAGGUGGAACCAUAUUGAAUAUUGCUUCCAUUACUGGCUUAGCACCUCUGUUUCCAAUUUCAGUCUAUUCUGGUACAAAACACGCAGUAGUUGGUUUUAGUCUUUCUUUGAAGGAAUCUUAUGAACAAACUGGGGUUCGCAUUUUAGUAAUGUGUCCUGGUUUUACAGCCACAUGGAUGACCAGAAAUGUAAAUCUUAAAUCAAUCACCAAAAAUAAUCCUUCUAAGAUGAAAAUGCAAAGAGUCGAAAAUGUUGCUCAAUAUGUGGUGAAAUUAAUUGAGAAAGGAAAAAAUGGAGCAGUUUGGGUUGUUGAAAACGACGAACCAGCAUUUGCUGUUAAAAUUCCGAAUUAUUCCGAAAAUCGAGUACCAAUUGAUUGAAGGUUAUAAAUGGAAUAAUUUAAAAAAAAACCAACAAACCACUCCAUGUAAAAAACUGCGUCAAAUACCUGCAUGAUUUCAUAUAUUUUAUUUAUGUUAAAGAUAAUCAAGUUUGUG